UUUUUCAAUAUCAUUUCAAUUUUCCCCUCAUUCACCAAUCGCUUCCUGGAAACUCCUCUUCAUACUGGAAGUUCUAUGUAUUGAUUCAUUUGCCCUCUCACACACUACAAGGCUUACCUCAUGGAUUUGUAUCUGAUUGGAUAUUUGAUGUGUGUGUGGUUGUCCAGCUCAUGGGUGCUUGGAGGCUAUCCCAUCUGGUGGUCACUGGCCCUUGGGCAGCAGUACUCAUCUCUGGGCUCCCAACCCAUUCUGUGCGGCUCUAUCCCCGGCCUGGUGCCCAAGCAGCUGCGUUUCUGCCGCAAUUACAUCGAGAUCAUGCCCAGUGUUGCUGAAGGUGUCAAGCUGGGGAUCCAGGAGUGCCAGCACCAGUUUAGGGGCCGCCGAUGGAACUGUACCACCAUAAAGGACAGCCUGGCCAUCUUUGGCCCUGUGUUAGAUAAAGCUACCAGAGAGUCAGCAUUUGUCCAUGCUAUUGCUUCAGCGGGCGUCGCGUUCGCAGUGACGCGCUCCUGCGCUGAGGGCACAUCCACCAUGUGCGGCUGCGACUCACACCACAAGGGACCUCCUGGGGAGGGCUGGAAAUGGGGUGGCUGCAGUGAGGAUGCAGAGUUUGGGGUGCUGGUGUCCAGAGAGUUCGCAGACGCCAGAGAGAAUCGUCCAGACGCUCGCUCUGCCAUGAACCGGCACAACAAUGAGGCAGGGCGCACGACCAUCCUCGACCACAUGCACCUGCGUUGUAAAUGUCACGGCCUGUCAGGAAGCUGUGAGGUGAAGACAUGCUGGUGGGCGCAACCAGACUUCCGCAUGCUGGGGGACUACCUGAAGGACAAGUACGACAGCGCCUCGGAGAUGGUGGUGGAGAGGCACCGUGAGUCGCGAGGUUGGGUGGAGACGCUGCGAGUCAAGUACGCCUUCUUUAAGCACCCCACCGAGCGUGACCUGGUCUACUACGAGGGCUCGCCCAACUUCUGCGAGCCCAACCCGGAGACCGGCUCCUUUGGGACGCGCGACCGAGUCUGCAACGUGUCAUCGCACGGCAUCGAGGGCUGUGACCUGCUGUGCUGCGGCCGCGGCCACAACACCCGGACUGAGAAACGCAAAGACAAGUGUCACUGUAUCUUCCACUGGUGCUGCUAUGUCAGCUGUCAAGAGUGUGUGCGUGUCUAUGACGUGCACACGUGCAAGUGAGAGGUGGGGCUGUGUUUUCAGACUGCUGGACUACAAGUGCUGCCGACCCCCCCAACCCCCCGCACGACCUCCCCCAUCAGACGCUCUGCACACCACACAAAGGACAUAUUCACCAGCACACACACACCUGGCACACCAGUAAUGAAUACUUCUGUACAAACUCUGCACUAGCACCUGUCUUCCAAACCACUAGAACCAUUUCCACAAUAUCUGACCAUAACGUGAUGACCUGACCUGUCAUGGGAAGAAGCUAAGGCUAUGCCACUUUCCCCAGGUUCCUCUCCCCUGCAGCCUCCCCUCCUCCCUGUCUUUAUUUAUUUCCUCCUCCAUGCCAACACAAUGCUUGUGUCAUGUACAGUAACACUUUUUAUCUGUGAGAUUAAUACAGUAAAAAAGAACUUUCAGAGUCUCUUUGCUUUUGAAUAAAAAGCAUCUUCUAACUAACACCUCACUUCUCCGGCCAGUCUGGCUGGUUUACUUUUUUUAUUUUUUAUUUUUAAACUAAACCAACCUCUACACCGUCACUAAGUGAUACUGAACACAUCAGCAGCCCCAGGAAACCAUCACUUUGUAACUACUGAACUGAACUGAACUGAAAACAGCAGACAGGCAGAGCCAAGGUCCUGUCUUCUGCAAACUACUGAGCUGAUGAAAUCCCGUGUUGCUACUCUUUGCUGACUGACUGCACCAGGCAACUGGGAAACCUGGAAGAUACACAAUAGAGCCUGACUAUUGUCCUACAUUUCUACCGAUGGGCUGAGACUAGAGGUAUGCAGGGGGCAUGUGUGUGAACAAGCAUGCUGGUUCUACUUAUUAAUACCCAUACACAUGUAUAUGUAUGCACUAUUCAGAUACACAUAACUCCAGGUGGUAAAAGGCUCAGCAUUGUUAUGAAUGACGAUUUUGUUCCUGCAUUCAGGCCUGAUCAACCUGUAAAUUGCUUAUGAUUUCCACAAGUGUGAUGUGACAGACAUGCACAUUGUUCAACCCUAAGGAGCACAGUGGUGCAAACAACCUGACAAACAUAGCAUUCGAAUUAUGUGAGUGAAUAGAAAACCAUUUAUGGCUGUUUCACUUAUGAAGUUAUGCAUCAAAUAUGAGUUGAGCUUUAGCAUGCUUACCAUUAAUUCGGGUCUUAUGAGUCAAUAUUAUGUCUGGUUGAUAAUAUGUGAUUAUUGGGAGAUGUUCAUGGAUUCUUCAGGUCCAUCUUAGAUCUCCAGAGUGCAGAGUAGGUUCUGAUUGGCUUUCACAUCCUUCCUUCCUUCUCUCCAUAUUUUCUGUCUGUUGGACAGAUGAAGUUUCGGGAAAUCUGAUUUAUGAAUUUGACCCUUGUCAGUACUUCCCAAAACAUUUUCACGGUUGUCAGCCCACUUUAGUCUGACUGGUAAUGUCUUAAGUCAUUUCAAAGAUUACCAAGGAAGGUUGCGACUUCUGGGUGGACAAAGACUUCCAGCUCAUGUAAAUGCUUGAAUCCUAACUGCUGGAGUCAGCUGAGAAACUUCAUCAGGAACUGGAUGAUUUAUGUGUAGAUAUUUGUGCACAAGGCAGCAGCCAAUGACAAACACAAGUGGAUGGUAAAAUGGAUGGAGGGAUAGUUCUUCAUACUGGUGGAACAAACUGUGAGGGGUUUCCACACAACAUAUUCUGACAAUCCCAUCAGCUUCCUAUUAAUUUUACUCAACAAAAACACAGUACAUUACCCACUAGUGUGUAGCCUGUCCUCUUUGUAACGUAGCUUAGCAUGUGCAUCAUCAUCUACACAGCCCUCCCUACCUGGGCCUAUCUUUCUGUGUUCAGCCCUCCUCCAACCCCCACACCUAC